AUGUCGUCUCGCGAUAGCUGGAUCAAAGGAGGAAGCUGGUGGGAUCUGCAGCAGAGGGAGAUCAAAGAGGCGCAGGCCGAUAGGCCUCACAAUGACGGUGGAGCCGAGAUGGAGACCGUGCGGAGAUCACUCCCGCCGUCGCGCGUCAGCAGGAGGAGCCAUGCAAGGAAAUCUGAUUCUCUCGUGUCUAUCUCCUCACGAAAUCAGACGAACAGUGAUAUGAGAGAUAAGGAAGAUGAGGCCGCAGAUCAUCUGGCUGAGGACGGGAAUCGCAAGCUCAAUGUGGGGGAACAUCAGCGCAAAACUUUGAACAUGCUAAAUGCAGCUUGGGUCAAGCUGAGGAGAUACUUUGCUUCUCAAGCGCUUGAUGCGGGAGUUUCUCUGGAAGAUAUGAGUUUCACGGUAGAGGAAUUGAUUUUUGCCGUCGAUUGCCUGGCAUUGUACGCUACACGGCAGCAAAUCACAGAGCUCUUCAGAGCCAUAGAUGAAGAUGAAUGUGGUGUGAUCACAAUCGCAGAAGUCGAGACGUAUAUGCGAUCGAAAGGGAUGAAGGUUCCCACUGAAAGGAACCAAAAAUCAUCGCGGCGAGAAACUGACAAGGCAAAGAAACUUUUUGCAGAAAUAUUCGAUCACGUUCUAGAGUUGAUGGUAUGCUGGGAUCUGGAUGGCAGUAAUUCGAUUUCCCUGAACGACGUGGGUCGAGGAAUCCGAUUUUUGAAACUCAAAGGGAUUGACGCAGAUAAGAUAGUCCAGGAGGCUGCGUCGGAGUGCAACUUGAUUGAUUCUGUUCUCUAUGUCAAAGAUUUUGUACGGCAUUUCUCCUGGCAUGCCGUAGAACCUCAUCCUGUACUUCUCUCCAAGUACGAGAAUAUCAAAUUGAACCGAGCAGUGGUAAUGAGCAAACUUCGCGUCUGGCGUUCCAAGCAGAAGCCUGAUACGGUUGAUUCUGAUCUGAGAACCAUUUGUUCCAAGCUUCGCAGUAGAUGGGGUACAAUCUCUUCCAUUUUUAAUGCGAUACAAGCGAGUGAGAAGAGAGGAAAACUGUCCAUUGACCUUGAAAGAAACAUUUCCUCCAAACAUAAGGAACGGGGCAAGAAUUCUCGAUCGGACCCCAGCACUAUGCCAUAUAACAAUACACCUACUACUCGGUUCAUCUCAUUUGAAGAAUGGAAGUCAGCAAUAGAAUCUUGCGGAUUGCAACUGACUACAGGUCAACUCGAAAAGGCGUUCAACUUGGUUGACAAAAACGCAAAUGGGAAAAUAACACUUCACGACCUUGAACAAGCCAUGCGUGCAACUGGAUCUUUAUCGCAGGCAAGCAUCAAGAGUGAUCCUGGACUCCUCAAAAAGGGGUCAAAAACUAGAGCAAUCUCCGAAUCUGCUAAGCUUCGAAACAUUUUCUCACAGAUUUGGGACAAUCCGGUAGAAGCUUUCUGUUUUUUUGCAAUCGGAGGAAACCAGACUGUAACAUUGAACGAAGUGAAACAUGGCAUUGGAAGGUUGUCUGCUUUUGACAUCAAUGUACAUCAAUUACUGCAAGAAAUUGACCAUGUUUGCAUACAUGGACAGAUAGAUUUGAAAUCGUUUGUCCGAUAUUUCGCAUUCAAAGAACGAAGCACGACGUCUGCAAAAGAGGAAAUGAUUCUAUAUGAAAAAAUUAAGAUGCAGCAUAUGCAAGAAAUCUUGGAGAAAGUAGAACGCUGGAAGCGACUCCGGCGACUUCCAUCAAUCACGUUCGAAUCCUUUCGAAUGAUGACUUCAUCUUUGACGAAGAAUUGGGAUGCACUCAAAGAAAAGCUUCUUGAAGAGUCAGGUUUGUCUGAAUUUGAAAAAUUUGAAGAGACAUCGUUUGACAAGGAAAUAUUGUUGAAGUGUGUCACUCAACUGUUGCCGUUGUAUCUUAAUGACUCUGUGGAAGAGAUGCAAGUGCGAGAUUUUUUAGACUUGAUCGACAGCAAAAAGUCACAAAAGCUGAGUGGGGAAGAGUUGAGAAAAUUGAUUUUUCAUCCCCUGUUUGUGGCUCCUUACAGUGCUUUGCAUGACAAAUCGAGACGAUGGUCCGCUCACGAUGAAUCUCCCAAAUUUGCUUCAGAGAAACAACCCCACGAAGAUGAAGCAGGGAUUGAGGUCCAAGAAGCAGAUCCUUCACUUGACGCUCUUUUUGCUAGGGCAGAGAAGCUUGUAAGAGGCUUUGAUGAUUGGGACCAUAUGGCAACUCCUGGAAUUCCCGAUGACGAGGCAAACGUUGGCCACAAUACGGUAGAGGACGAUCCUGUGUUUGAGAAACAACUUUGGCCGACUGGUCAAAAAGGGAAGAAGGCCCUCGAUGCUGCUGUUGGACAUACAGAAAUGGACGCAUCUUCUUUUGCCAAGGAAUCAUUUGUACGACAAUAUGCCUCAAAGGAGAUGUUUGAGAUGUACUGUGGAAUAUCCGAAUCAGGUAUAUCUGCGACUUUGAACGGUCUUCAAAGAAAUACGAUGUCUAUGAAAGAAUUUUUGCUUUUGUUGAAAUCACAGGCAUUGAUGCCGAAAAUUUUCUCAAAAGACGAUGCUGUUUCUGUUUUUAGACUUGUGAAAGAUCGAGACGUGGCAAGAGGUUCAACGAAGUCCAAUGAUUUGACGUUUGAGAAGUUCAAAUUGUGCAUGGAGGAGCUGGCAAAACUUAGAAGUUAUAAGCUUCAAUCUUUCGAAGUGAGAGAAAAGCCAGAAAUCGUUUCUAGCAAGGCUCACUUGGCUUUGCCCGAUGCCGAUGUGCUGGAGAAAUUGUGCAAUGACGAUGAAAAACAAACUGUACCUCCUGAAACUUCUCCUGGGAUCAAAUCUCAAAGAUCGACCAAGUCAAUUGUUGAGCCGGGAAUGUAUUCUCCAAUCUCUCCCUCCGAAAAGAAGAUCAUGACGACCUUUGAGGAGAAGUUUUGCAAGCGGAAGAUGUUCGAAGAUGCCUGCCAGUCAGAGAUGGCGGCUUCGAGGAGGAAGUCAGGAGAUCCAGUCAUGGAUCACGGAGCCUUCAUGGCCUUCAUGGAACAGCAGGAGAUCGUACCGAAGGUUGUAUCAAGGUCUGAGGCCAACACUAUCUUCCGUGCUGUCAUGCGCGGGAAGGCUGUGCAUGAAGCUCACGAGAUGAAUUUUGAGGAUUUCCGGGAGAGCAUCCGGAGGAUCGGAGCAUGGCGAGGCUACAGGAUGGAAGAGUUUGGAAUCCAUCUAGAGCAUAUGGAGAGGAGCAACAGAAAUUCAGGGAGCGGCAAGAAAGAUGACGUGGCAGCCCACACUGCGUCCUCUCUUUGUAAGGUUCAGCUCUUCGGCUCUCCGUCCUCGCAGCGAGAUCGGAACCUGAAAGGAGUCGCGCAGAAUGAGGUGGCUGGAAGGGCCUCGAGACAAUCAGAGAUGGGCAGCAUAUCGGAAGGAGGAGAGGUCGUUGAGGACCUGAGGGAGGAGCUGCUGAUUGCGAGAGAAGCCGCAGCUCGUCUAGGCAGUCAGAACGAAGCUUUGAUCAAGUUUUCAGAUGAUCGCGAGCAAGUCAUCGCAAACCAGAGCCAGGAAAUCUUGUGGCUGAAGAACCGGUGCGGGGAGCUUGAGGAAGCUCUGAGAAGGGGAGGAGGCACGGUUGCUGCAGUGGAAUCAAGCAGCUUGGCAGAAGCGCUGAGGAUGAAGAAUCGAGAAGUUGAGAACAUUCGCGAGGAGAUCUCGUCACUUCAGGAGGAGCUCGAGGCUCUGCGUGAACGCAGGGCAGGUGACGUGCUGGAGAUCAUGCAGGAGCGAGACGAAGCGAUUGAGGAAGCUGCAGCAUUACGGAAGAUCAAUCAGGAGCUGAGGAGGCAGCUCUCCGACCUCCACAACUCCCUGCACAGACAAAGGACGCCCACCGAAGGAGGGGAGAAGCUUCUGCUGCCAGAGGUUCUGUCUCCUGAUGACUUGGUUCGUUGCGUCUCCCUUGCUUCCCUUGCUUCUUCCUGCUUCUACGAUCGGAGGAUACCUGCUGGCUCUUACUCGUUUUUCUCCCAGGAUCUUGAAAGCAUUCACACGCAGCUCUUCGAUCGUCCGCCUCCAGACGCUGCGAGCAGCAUGCUGCUCGUUGGCCUUGACGUUGAAGCUGCUGUAGGGCAAGUUGUGCAGAUGGUUCCUGGUUUCCAAUCGCGAGGUAUCGGAGUCAUCAGUCGCAUUUUCACGGAUGACUGCGGCGUGCAAGUCCACUGGCAGAGCGGGGAAAUCAGCGAGGAAAGCACGGGAAGGGACGACAUUUUCUCUUUGUGCCUGUGGAAUUGA